CAAAGUUGGCCGGUUGCUUGUCAAGUCUUUGUUGCUUCUGUAGCCCAGCAGAAACUGUAAAUUGAAGUGUGGAUCUGAUGGGAAAGAAACUGAUAUUAUCACAAAAGAAAAAAGUUUCAACCUUACCCUAACAAGUUGAAGUUCAAAGACCCUAAAGAUGGAAGAAAAGCUGAAUGGAUCUCUGCCUGUUGUCUCCCCGGAGUAUCUUCAUCAGUGGGUUCGGUCGGCCCAGCAGUUUCAGGCUCUCCAGGCCCAGUACGCCAACUUCAACCCUCAACAUCAGUUUCACUACCCAGAGAAUCCGACUGCAGAGGCCGCCAUGGCACACAUGGAGACACCAGAACCCACGAUGGAGCAGUUGGAACCUGCUGACCUGACCAAACCUCCAGCUAAAAAGAGAGGCAGAACAGCCCAACCCAAGGAACCAGGCGCACCAAAACCUCCAAAAGUCCCCAAAGCACCAAAAGUCCCCAAAGCACCAAAACCACCCAAGGACCCAAAUGCACCUAGAGCUAAACCAGGUCCAAAACCCAAGAAGGCUCCUGAAGCUCAGGGUGACGGGAAGCAGGAGAAGAUUGAUGAGAGCUUCAAGAAGGUAAAAAGGAAAGUGGAUCGCUUCAAAGGGAUGACAGAGGAAGAAGUCAUGAAAAAGACAUUGCCUGACCUGCUGGAUUACAACCUGGAUUAUGUCAUUAUCGGUAUAAACCCAGGACUGAUGGCAGCUUUUAUUGGCCGGUGGUUUCCAGGGCCUGGAAAUCAUUUUUGGAAAUGCCUGUAUCUGUCUGGAUUUACAGAGGAGCAACUUAACCACAUGCAUGACACAACACUGCCUGUCAAAUACAAAAUGGGCUUUACCAAUAUGGUAGCUAGGGCAACACCAGGGAGCAAAGACCUCUCGAGUAAAGAAUUGCGAGAAGGAGGCAAAAUUCUUGUGGAGAAGUUGAAGCAGUACAAGCCCCUCAUUGCUGUGUUCAAUGGAAAAUGUAUUUAUGAAAUGUUCUGCAGGGAACUGUUUGGCAAAAAACCACAAAAGCUUGAAUUUGGUCUGCAGCCACACAAGAUCCCAGAAUGUGACGUGGCCUUGUACCUAAUGCCUUCCUCCAGUGCUCGUUGUGCCCAGUUUCCUCGAGCUCAGGAUAAGGUUCACUUCUACAUCAAACUGAGGGAGCUCAGAGAUCAGCUGAAGGGCAUCCAGAAAGCUACUGAGAUUGAGGAGGUCGACUACACAUUUAAUCUUCAGUUGGCUAAGGAGGAUGCCAAGAGGUUAGCAAUAAAGGAGGAGCAGUAUGAUCCCGGAUAUGAAGACGCUUAUGGUGGAGCGUAUUUGGAGAGAGGAGCUGAAGACGGCCAGACUGAAAACCAGACCAACGGUCACUGUACAUUCUCAUCUUCUGCAAACGCAGAAGGAGCACAAGAGGCAGCCACAUCCCAAACAGAGGGUCGGCUCCCAGACGGACAGUGGAUGACCCAGUCGUUUGCAGAUCAGAUUCCUAACAUCAGCAGCGGACCAAAAGAUGGCAGCAUGUGAGGAGGAUAAGAAAAGUCUGUGUUGGCUUGCAGAGACACUAGCUAAUCCUGUCUUCAGACUUCAGUUAGUUAGGUUUUAGAUGUUUCCUUUUUAGCAAGUUGGAUUAUAUACACUUUUAGGAGUUAACUGAAACUGCAGAAUGUUUAUUUUAUUUUAUUUUGUUGUUUUUUUUUUUUUUUACAUUUAUGAUGUCUUCACUGCAGCCUUUUUAAAUAUGUGAAAUCAGGGACACGACUGACUGUCUUUGAAGAAUUGUGUGUAUUCAAGCAUUUGUUUUUAUCUCUGUACUGUUGUGUACUGCACUGUGCUGCAGUUGGAAUCAACAUUAUAAUCUACUGUUUCACAGUAGACAGAACAGGUUAUUUUUGAGCUUGACUUCUUUGUGUGAGGCUGUACUACCCUCUGGAGGGAGGAUUCAGUCAGCAUUACUGCUACAUUCAUGGUGCUAUGAACUGAUAAGAUGCUAAAUGAGGACUUGUUGAAACCACACAUUAACGGCAUUGGUCCAACAAUGUUACACAGUUUAAAAUGGUUUUCAUUAUUUGUUCAGGCUUUUUCUACUUUAGAUUCUUUAGAAUUAUGGUAUGUGUUUAUUAAAUGUCACUGUCAUUGAAUUUUAUGAAACAUUUCUUGAUUAAAAUGUUACUCUACUGCUA